GUCCCGUUGAGGCGUGUGCGUAGUCUCAGAAAAUUCAACAAUCGGCUUCUACAGUCAAACCCACGAAAAAACCCGAAUAUAAAAAUUCAUUUCCUUCUUUCAUAUUUGAUCGAGGAUUUUUCAUCUAUGCCACAUUCCACCAUUGGAACUCAAAGCUUCCCUAUCGAGAAGGUUAAUCAUACAUAUUGAUCUGUGGAUUACGGAGAAAAACAAGUAAGUGAAAGUUUUUUCCCUUGUUGGUUGGGCCAAUUGAUCGCCAUGUCGAUGUCCGAUUCCGAUACGUCCUCGCAGGGGAGCGAGUACAAGAGUUUUCGUCAAAUUAGCCGUGACAGAUUACUAAAUGAAAUGCUUCGAUCUGCCAAAGCAGGGGACUCAAAGUCAACUUGGAAGGUACUCAUCAUGGAUAAGUUGACAGUUAAAAUAAUGUCUUAUGCGUGCAAGAUGGCAGAUAUCACAGAGGAAGGAGUUUCAUUGGUGGAAGACAUACACAAGAGAAGACAGCCAUUGCCAACCAUGGAUGCCAUAUAUUUUAUCCAGCCAACCAAAGAAAACAUUGUUAUCUUCCUCUCUGAUAUGUCUGGAAGAUCACCGUUGUACAAAAAGGCAUUUGUUUUCUUCAGCUCACCUAUUGCCCGAGAACUGGUUAGUCACAUUAAGAGAGAUGGAAGUGUUCUAUCUCGCAUCGGUGCCUUAAGAGAGAUGAACUUGGAGUAUUUCGCCAUAGAUAGCCAGGGUUUUGUCACUGACAAUGAGAGAGCUCUUGAAGAACUAUUUGGGGAUGAAGAAAGCUCUCGCAGGGGUGAUGCAUGCUUGAAUUUGAUGGCUACCCGCAUAGCUACAGUGUUUGCAUCAUUGCGGGAGUUUCCAAUGGUGCGCUACCGUGCUGCCAAAUCCCUCGAUCCUAGUACAGUGACAACAUUUCGUGAUUUAAUUCCUACAAAACUUGCUGCUGCUGUUUGGAACUGUCUUAUGAAAUAUAAGGCUAACCCCAACUUUCCCCAAUCGGAGACAUGCGAGCUGUUGAUUCUUGACAGAUCAUCAGACCAGAUUGCUCCGGUUAUACAUGAGUGGACUUAUGAUGCCAUGUGCCAUGAUUUACUAAAUAUGGAAGGGAAUAAGUAUGUACAUGAGGUUCCAAGCAAAACUGGUGGUGCACCUGAUAAGAAAGAGGUUCUUCUGGAGGACCAUGAUCCUAUCUGGCUAGAGCUCCGCCAUGCGCAUAUAGCUGAUGCUAGUGAACGGUUGCAUCAGAAGAUGACAAAUUUUGUCUCCAAAAAUAAAGCUGCACAAAUUCAUGGUUCAAGAGAUGGUGGUGAGUUGUCGACUCGGGACUUGCAAAAGAUGGUUCAAGCUUUGCCCCAGUACAGUGAACAAAUUGAAAAGCUUUCCCUUCACGUUGAUAUUGCUGGAAAAUUGAACAAAAUUAUCAGGGAAUCGGGCCUUAAAGAAGUUGGCCAACUGGAGCAAGAUCUUGUUUUUGGAGAUGCAGGAACCAAAGAUCUUAUUAAUUUCCUUAGAAUCAAGGAGGAUGUAUCACGCGAAUAUAAGUUGCGGUUGUUGAUGAUUUAUGCAGCUGUUUAUCCUGAGAAGUUUGAGGAUGAUAAAAUCUCAAAACUGAUGGAGCUGGCUAGACUAUCACCAGAUGAUAUGACUGCUGUUUAUAAUAUGAGAUUGCUAGAGGCUUCAUCAGAUACCAAAAAGAGCUCAAUUGUACCAUUUUCUCUUAAGUUUGAUGUAAAAAAGAAGAAGCAUGCUGCUCGAAAAGACCGACCUGGUGAAGAAGUGACAUGGCAGUUAUCGCGUUUUUACCCUAUAAUUGAAGAGCUUAUUGAAAAACUAAGCAAAGGUGAACUUCCUAAACAGGACUACCCUUGUAUGAAUGAUCCUAGUCCGACUUUUCAUGGAACCUCCCAUGCUGCUUCUGCGAGGACUGCUCAAGUCUCUACUCCUCAUUCAAUGAGAUCAAGACGAACGGCAACGUGGGCUCGUCCUCGAAAUUCUGACGACGGUUAUUCAAGUGAUUCAGUUUUAAGACACGCCUCUAGUGAUUUCAAGAAGAUGGGUCGGCGCAUAUUUGUGUUUAUUGUUGGUGGGGCAACGCGUUCUGAGGAAACUGAACUCUUUCUGUGUGGACUCAUAUCUCCUUUAUUUGAUGACACAAUAUCCGCUCUGAUUGAAACAGUUGUGAAGCUAAAGCUGAUGACUGCUAAUGAACUAUCGUUAGACGAUCUUCAGAUCUAGAUUUCUGCUGCUGAUAUAGCUGGAUAAGCAAUUUCAUGUGUGUAAAUGAAUUCUUUGAGAUGGUGCAGUACAUCUCGUUUAAGGCUACUUUUGGAUGUUGUGUAUUAUACACUACACGUGACGAGCAUGUUACAGUAUAAUUUCUCACUCGGUCAAGAGAAAGGGGAGUUGAUGGUAGAAGACGGGGCAGCAUAGAUUAGUGUCAUUUUGGGUUGUAUAUGGCACAGCUCGCCAAAAACCCUUUUCUUAAAUGGUUGAGGAAUGACCCAUCUUAUAGUUGUAUUAAAAAAAUACCUUACAAGUUUUCUUGCUUAACUUUGUACCUGCACAUUUAUAGAAGUCAUAACUGGAAAUUCCAACCUGUGUUUUAUUAGCUGUUGCCAUUUGUUCCGCUCAUUUCAUUGAUUUGCUGGAUGUAGGCUUUAUUCAAAGGUAUAUAAAAUGAGUUGAGCUCGUUAAAACUUGAGAAAUAGAGGCUUUUAUGUAAUUAAUCAAUUUUUACAUAGCUCAGUUCGUUUAGGCUCGAGCUCGAUUCAUUAAUUUUAGUAAAUGAGCCAAGCUUGGCUUGAGAACAGCCCCAGUGGAG